UCCUGCGGCCGCCCCGCCUCUCCAUGGCGGUGCCCGGCGCGAGUCCUGCCGGGAAGGGAGCGGCGCGGCUCGGCCUCGCAGCCUGAGCGGCGGCGGCGGCGCCGCCAUGUCCGGGGGCAGCAGCGCCGGCGAGUGGUGCCUCAUGGAGAGCGACCCGGGCGUCUUCACUGAGCUCAUCAAGGGCUUCGGCUGUAGAGGAGCACAAGUUGAAGAAAUAUGGAGUUUGGAGCCAGAGAACUUUGAAAAAUUGAAGCCAGUACAUGGGCUGAUUUUUCUCUUCAAGUGGCAGCCUGGAGAGGAGCCCGCAGGUUCUGUUGUCCAGGAUUCCAGACUGGAUACAAUAUUUUUUGCUAAGCAGGUCAUAAAUAAUGCCUGUGCAACUCAAGCCAUAGUAAGUGUGCUGUUAAACUGUGCUCAUCAAGACAUUCACCUAGGAGAGACCUUGUCAGAAUUUAAAGAAUUUUCCCAAAGCUUUGAUGCUGCGAUGAAAGGUUUGGCACUGAGCAACUCAGAAGUGAUUCGGCAAGUCCACAACAGUUUUGCCAGACAACAGAUGUUUGAGUUUGAUGCAAAGUCUUCAGCAAAGGAAGAAGAUGCCUUUCACUUUGUAAGCUAUGUUCCUGUUAAUGGGAGGCUCUAUGAGCUAGAUGGCUUAAGGGAAGGACCAAUUGAUUUAGGUGCAUGCAAUCAGGAUGACUGGAUAAGUGCAGUGCGGCCCGUCAUAGAGAAGCGCAUACAAAAAUACAGUGAAGGUGAGAUAAGGUUUAACCUGAUGGCUAUUGUGUCUGACAGGAAGAUGAUAUAUGAGCAGAGGAUUGCAGAGCUACAGCAGCAACUGGCAGAGGAGGAGCCUAUGGAUACAGAUCAAAGUAGUAAUAUGUUAAGUUCUAUACAAUCAGAAGUUGCAAAAUACCAGAUGUUAAUUGAAGAAGAGAACCAAAAAUUAAAAAGAUAUAAGAUUGAAAAUAUUAGGAGAAAACAUAACUACCUGCCUUUCAUCAUGGAAUUAUUAAAGACUCUAGCAGAGCACCAGCAGUUAAUACCAUUAGUAGAGAAAGCGAAAGAAAAACAGAAUGCCAAGAAAGCUCAGGAGGCCAAAUGAAGAUGACUUUGCAAAACACACACAGUUAUUUGCUUCUGAUACUAUUUUCAUGACAACCAAUAAAACUUUUCAUAAACUUCAA